ACGUCAGUCUCUGCGCUACAAUAGGUCGGGUCAGAUGUGUCAAAAAUUGUUCGCUUUGCAAAGUAAAACGGAAUAGUGUGUAGGCUACCGAUGCAGCAGCAGCAGCAACAAAUCGAUUCAGCCCCGACUCAGGGGCACAAGCAGCUAAUGCGCGUCCGCUCAAAGACGUGCGACGUGCGGGGUUGCCCCUCCAACAGUUUGCGCAACCCAGAUCUGCUUUUCGUCGGUGUCCCGGGUCAUUGUUUCCCCGAACGACGCUUCGUUUGGUUGACACUGAUGCAAGCGAUUCGUGACAAGAAACGAAGUUACGUUUGUUCUCGUCAUUUUAAGAUUCCCGAUGAUUUUAAAGAUUUUCAUGAAUUUAUUUCUGCCCCACCGGGCUAUAAGCGUCAACUAAUGGUAAAAAAGGGUGUCGUACCGCAUCUCAACAUGCCACCGAGCAACAACACUGGGCUACCGCCGUUGACAGACAAAUGGCAGAUGACGCUUCCUGUCACGUUGACGGAAAGUCAUCGGAUCAAAGAAGCAGCGUCUAUGGCUGCUGCGCCGACUGCAAGUGUUUUGAGCCGUUUUCAGAGCACUACCGGAACGUCGGUGCGUCAACAGGGGUGGACGCAGGAUUUGCCCCAGCGAAAAACAUGUAUGCCCAGCAAUAACAACAGAAACAAUGAUAGGAUACAGCUGAACAAAGCGAUACAAACUGAUUCUAAAAGCGAUUUUUGUGGACUUCGGGUGGUACGGCCUAGUUUACAGUACUGCAGAUUGUGCUUGAAGCGGCACGAUCUUGAGCCUAUCUUUGCCGGUGAUCAGACUUUAAUUGAACCCGAUUUGAUCGAUAAAAUAUAUCGGAAUUUAGGGAUAAUGAUCACUGCACAGUGCGAUUUUCCCUCCUCGAUCUGUUCCGGCUGCUAUCAAAGCGUAUAUGAGUUCGCCAAAUUCUACGAGUUGGUACGAAAACAUGACAGAUCUUUGUGGGUGUCUACUAGCUCUCAAGGAAAGACCAAUCCCAAGAAUCUUCCUGUGCAGACAUCUACUUCUGUUCGAACGAAAACCACCGCACUAAAGCAACCCGUAUUUCGAGUGCAUAAUGCCUCUGUACCGAAAGUUAUUCCGAACAUUUCUUUGCAACAGACGGAACGCCAAGAGGAUUCUCUGUUAGUGGUGGGUCACGUAGAGGACGUUCGAACGUACGAACAAAGACAGAAAACUAUUGAAAGAAAUCAACCGCGAGAGCAGCGCAUUCAAGACACGCUCAUUCCUGUUCCCUACAGGCGGAAGCCAAUGUUGGACCCACUUCAAAACAUUGAAGAACAGACGGAUCGGUCGGUUGAAACAGAUGCCCCGGCGAGGGGAGUCCAAAUGGGUGAUCGCAUCGUUCCGGUCACUUUUAUCGAAGCUCAGAUCGACACGCAUGAUUCAAAUAGUGAGUCUACGGAAAUUAAUGUUUCGAAAUUGGAACAAACUUCAUCUUCCGGGCAAAGCGCUGCUGCCGGACAAACGGAAGAAACGACGGUGAAAGAUGAGAUUGGCGAUGACCUGGGAAACGAACCUACCCGGCAAACCAAAUCUGUUGAGCCCUCACCUGACGUGCUUCAAGCGGUCAAGUUAAUAUCGAAGACUGUUCUAGAAGCAGCUUCUCAACAGAGAACUUCUUCCAGGAUUUUAGGGACGAAAUCGAAAUAUUCGUGCGAUAAUAAGGUAUCAAAAAUUUGGAAAAUAAUCCAUAGCGAUCGGAAGAAGAUCUCCGUAGAAAAUAAAUCGUUGCCAACGAAUCGUGUGGUGUCGAAAGUGAGUCGGGGGAUUAAAUUCCCAGGCACAUUAACUACUCUAUUUUCUGGGGGGAAGAAAAAUGUAUCUAAGCAGCAGCAGCAGAUCGAGGCAACGCCGUCAAAAAAUUCCGAAGCCGUUAAACCGAUUAAGAAGCCCGAAGUGUUGAAAUCAAGCGUAAGUUCUCAACUGUCCGAAACAUUGAAGGUUAAAGAACCGGAACCGAAGCCAACCGAUGGCGUCCAACAAAAGCUGAAAGAGAACGAUGCCGUUUCAAAAGCCGUUAAACCGAUUAAAAAGCCCGAAGUGUUGAAAUCAAGCGUAAGUUCCCAACAGUCCGAAACAUUGAAGAUUACAGAACCGGAACCGAAGCCAACCGAUUGCGUCCAACAAAAGCUGAAAGAAAACGAUGCACGUUCAAAGGCCGUUCCCAUUACAUCCCCCCGUACAGCACGUGCCCGGAAAAUUCCGCUGAAAUAUAAAGAUACUGUGGGUUUCCCGAUGCCUAAAAUUAUAAUCGUUAAGAAAGAGUCGGAGCCUCCGUUGGAACAGUCACAGCGGGUGACGGAAAAAUCUAAAUCCAAACCUCCCACCAGCCAGAAAUCGGAAGUGCCCGCGGAAGUCAAAACGCCACAACGCAUUGAAGAAUCAGUUCAAACGCCAGAGGUAAUUCCCGAAGAACGGACAACCAGAGCAAGAGGACGCCCGCGGAAAUAUGAUCAGCCAGUAGAAGCCGAUCCGAAGCCGCCUCCCAAACCGAUUGGUCGACCUUCGAAGCGGAAAUCGGAUUCCAUCACCAGUCAGGUUGAGCUAAAGGAAACGAUCACUACCAAGCUAUCUAAAGUGGACAAUUUAGAUAAGAACACCGAACAGACACAGUCACAGCGUCAGAAAAAUCCUAGAGCGAAUGGUUCUCGUAAAAGUGCACCGGCGAAAAUUUCCGAGGAAAAAGGGAAAGAAACAACGCAGAACACCGUUGUUUCGUCACAGGAUUGGAAAUGCCCGUUCUGUCCGGACAGAAACUUCGACCAAAAGAAGGGUUUGGUGAAGCAUCUGCGGAAGAGGCACGGAAUGGAUUACGCGCUUGUGCGACAGAGACUGGCCAUCUACGGAGGAAAUUGGCGAUAGAGCAGGAGUGUUCCCGGGAAGGCUAGGCUAUUCUUUGUUUUUUUUUUCUCAGAAAAAUAACCGUUGUAUAUAUACGAUUUUUUAUAUUGUUUUAAUUGUACUUAGGUCGUUAUUAUGUGAGAGUUAGUUUAGCUUGCAGAAAAUAAUUUGAAGAUUAAUUAUUAACUAUUUUGUUUGCCCACAAAAUCAUUUCACAUGCGAAAGAAACUGUCGAAUAUUGGAAUAAUAUGAUCACUCAGUAAAGCAAACGGAUGAAUG